AUGGGUGACUGUGCCAAGGAUGAGGCAUUUCAUAAUGGAUCUUUUUUCAUCGAUACGGCGAAUUUCUACCAAGCAGGAGAAUCCGAACAAUGCAUUGGAGAAUGGAUGCAAGCCCGCGGGAAUCGUGAUCCACUCGUGCUGGCGACAAAAUAUACCGCAACCUACGCCCCCAACAUCCCCUCCCGGGCAACACAACCGGCAACCCCCUCAUCCCUGCGCAACCUGCAGACAGAUUAA